AUGCAAGCUAUCGCAGCCACGAAAACGUCCAGCAGGAAUCUGUCCAAACGGUUCAUUGUGCCCAUGGUAGCGGCAUCUUCUGAAGCCCAAUCGACCGAGUCAGCACAGGCGUCGAAAGAAGCAUUAGCAGAAGUUGGGUCGAAAACGCAGGGAAAGAGUGAUGAAACAUCGUGGGACUCCGAUAAAUUAAUGAGCAUGAUGAAGGAAGUUGAGGAAAAGAAGAAGGAGGUCAUGAAGCAGUUCUCUAGUUUCCAGACAGGUGAUAAGGACAGUUACUCACACGACGAAAAGAGUCAGACGGCAAUUCGUAACGCCGUAGCUUCUUCGCAAGGGGCAGGUGUGAUGCGUGUGGAGUAUUUGCAAAGUGCAUAUACUUUGCGUUGUUUGGGUCAAACGGAGAGUGUGAUGACAAAAACAAUCUUGCCGGCACUUGGUGUCAAGCCCUUUGACGGAUCCACGACCGUCGCCUGGAACGAUUUGCCCUUGUUGCAUCAGCGACUAAGCAACCCCCAGACCAAAGAGGCUGCCCUCAAGGACAUCCGCGAACGCACGGCCCUCUCUCGCGGCUCACCCAUCAGCCAAAACCCUGGCUCCUUCAACACCAAAACCGGAGCACUUAGCGCUGGCAAAGUCUUCCGUACCGCCCUCCUCCGAGCCGCCUUCCAGGAUAUCAACUUCGCUAAACAAAUUGUACAACAUCAAAGUGAAAAUGUUCUCGAGGACGACCAACUCAGAAGACUCCUCGACCUCAGAGCCGACGCUUGGACUGACCUCGCCGUCACCUGGUAA